UGCGCGCCGUGCCUCUUGCCGCAGCGUGUGUGUGACGACACAGCCCCGCCUCCGGGAGCCCGGCAGGAGGAAGCGCCGGGCUGCGUGGGGCACGCGUGGUGGGAGUUGAGCUGGUGACCGGGCUGAGGGGAUUCUGGCCCCGGGCUGUGCGGCCGCGGAGCUGGUGGGAGCAUGGCGGAGGAGAGUGAUCGGUGCGAGCCCGGCCGCGUCGUGCUUCCUGUGCCGGAGGCUAAAGAUGAGGCUGAAGUGGAGAGCAAGGCCGAUGGAGGUGGAGGUGGGGGUGACCCCGCGGAGAGCCCCGCAGCCUGCCCCGACGUGUACAGAUACAUUAAAGGAGACUUAUUUACAUCUGAGAUAUAUAAAGUAGAAAUACAAAACCUUCCCAAGUACAUCGGAUUUAACGAUGUGAAAAAGUUCCUUGCCAAAUACGGGCUUAGUCCUCACAAGAUAAAACUUUUUGGGAAGCAGACAUUCGCGUUCGUGACUUUUAAGAGUGAGGAGGAGAGGGACAAGGCCAUGAAGGUCCUCCAUGGGGUUUUGUGGAAAAGCCGGCACCUGAGCGUUAGGCUCGCCAAGCCGAAGGCUGACCCCAUCGCAAAAAAAAGGAAGAAAGAAGAGGAGAUGGAGCAGGGAGAGGUGAAGCGACCGGCUCCUUCCCAAGCCAGUGAAGAGGAGCCUCUGAGCAAGCAGAUAGCGGAUGUGGUGACCCCGCUGUGGAACAUGCCCUAUGAAGAGCAGCUGGCCAAAAAGAAGCAGGAAUGUGAACAAGUGCUGCAGAAGCUGACAAAGGAAAUAGGAAAUAACAAUCGAGCUUUAUUGCCUUGGCUGUUUCUGCAGAAGCAGAAGUACAAUAAAUUGUGCUGCCCGAUAGAGGGAGUGAAAGCAUCACCUCUGCAGACAGAAUAUCGCAACAAAUGUGAGUUCUUGAUUGGGACUGGUGUAAAUCAAGAAGACAAAACUGUGGGCUGUCGUCUUGGCAAAUACAAGGGUGGUACAUGUGCUGUCGUGGAACCAUUUCACACUAUUCACAUUCCUGCUGUUGCCAAAAAAGUAGUCAAAGCUUUCCAAGACUACAUAAGGUCAACUCCUUACUCAGUGUACAGCCCAGAAACCUAUGAGGGUCACUGGAAGCAGCUCACAGUCCGUACCAGCAGGAAUGGCCACAUCAUGGCAAUUGUUUAUUUCAAUCCUCAGAAAUUAAGUAAAGAAGAGCUAGCUGACCUGAAAAGCUCUCUGGCAAGAUACUUCACAGAAGGGACGGGAAGGAGUAGUGGCGUUACUUCUUUGUACUUCGUGGAGGAAGGACAAAGGAAAUCUCCCAAUCUUGAGGACUUGCCUUUGGAGCACGUGGCUGGUGAUAAGUACAUAUAUGAAGAGCUGCUUGGCCUGAAAUUCCGAAUUUCUCCUCAUGCAUUUUUUCAAGUGAACACACAAGCUGCAGAAGUUUUGUAUACUGCCAUUAGGGAGUGGGCGCAGCUGAGCCACGAGAGCACUGUACUGGACAUUUGCUGUGGUACAGGAACUAUUGGGAUUUCUUUGGCAAAGCAAGUAAAGAAAGUGAUCGGAAUUGAACUCUGCCAAGAAGCUGUGCAGGACGCCAAAGUGAACGCCCAGAUUAAUGAACUAGAUAAUAUUGAAUUUCACUGUGGGAAGGCUGAAGAUAUUGUUCCAUCCCUAAUAAACCUAUUAGCUCCUCAGAACCUGAUUACCAUUGUAGAUCCACCACGGGCAGGGCUGCAUUCCAAGGUAAUUCUUGCCAUUAGAAGAGCUGAACAUCUGAAGAAGCUGAUCUAUGUAUCCUGCAAUCCCAGAGCUGCAAUGAAUAACUUUGUGGACCUUGGCCGGGCCCCUUCCAACAGGGUCAAAGGAGCUGCUUUCCGUCCUGUUAAAGCGAUGGCUGUGGACCUCUUCCCUCAGACCAGGCACUGCGAGUUACUGAUAUUCUUUGAAAGGGUUGAAUAUGCAAAUGGAAGCUCUGCUGGAGCAACUCCUGAUGCUACUCAAGUCACAACAGCAGGAGAUGACUCAGAGUGCCUGGAUGGCACUGACCCAUCUAACACUGCCAUGAGCCAGGCAACUUCUGUACCUGUAGAUACUGCACUUGAAGAGAGGGAAUCAACCUGACUCCUGAGAGACACUUUCCAGAACCCACUUUUGCUUGUUAACUGCUUCAGGAACAUUAUUUCUGUAACAUCUGGGUAAUAAAUCUCCAUACA